CAUGCGCAGCACUUCUGUGGACUUACACGAGUUGUAGACAUGGGGAAAGGAUUCUACAUCAGCAAAGCGUUGGCUCUAGCCUGCUUGUUUGCAGCCGUUGGAGUUUUAGCGACCAUCAUAGCCCUCUCUGUGAUGUACGCUCAGGAGAGGUCAAAGAAUCUACAGUACCUUCCAACCCCUACUGGACCCAAUACGACCAGCACUGCUUCCACCACGCCACCUGGACCCAAAGAACCCUGGGACUACUACAGGCUUCCAGAAAGCCUCUCCCCUGUCCGCUACAAUAUCACGCUUUGGCCACGGCUAAAGCCCAACCCUGAUGAUCUGUACAUCUUCACUGGACACUCCAGGGUGGCGUUCAGAUGUGUGAGCAAGACCAGCCUCAUUCUCAUCCAUUCCAGCAAGCUGAAGUUUAAGAUGUUUGAUGGAUUCCAUGCUAUACUGACGGGCUUGGAUGGAGCUGUAGCUCCAGCCUUGCGUGAGACCUGGCUGGAGGUUCCCACCCAGUACUUGGUGAUCACCCUCAACGCGCCGCUGCAGCUCGGCAGCAUGUACGAGCUCUAUACAGAGUUUGAGGGAAAUCUAUCAGAUGGCUUAGAGGGCUUCUACAAGAGUCAAUACUUUGAAGACGGCGUGAAAAAAGUCAUAGCGACAACUCAGAUGCAGCCGACGGAAGCCAGGAAAGCUUUUCCUUGCUUCGAUGAACCAGCUAUGAAAGCUGUCUUCCACAUGACUCUGAUUCACCCUCACGGGACUGUGGCUUUGUCAAACGCCAUGAACUACGACCCAGUUAACAUCACUUUGGAUGGGGAGAGCUUAAUUCAGACCAGCUUUGAGCCUACUGAGAUCAUGUCAACCUACCUGUUGGCUUUUAUUGUUUGUGAUUUUGCAUACAUUCGGACAAACCGGGAUGCAGAUGUCUUGGUCAGGAUCUGGGCUCGCAGAAAGGCCAUCGAAGAAGGCCAAGGAAACUAUGCGUUGGAGAAGACGGGAUCCAUACUGGCAUUUUUUCAGAACUAUUACAACUCUUCUUACCCUCUGAGAAAGUCAGACCAGGUUGCUAUUCCUGACUUCAGCAAUGGAGCAAUGGAGAACUGGGGUUUGAUCACCUAUAGAGAGACCUCGCUUCUUUAUAAUCCUGGAGUGUCUUCUAAUAGAGACAAAGAGUCGGUGACAACGACCAUCUCUCAUGAGCUAGCUCACAUGUGGUUUGGAAACUUGGUGACGAUGAAGUGGUGGAAUGACGUGUGGCUCAAUGAAGGGUUUGCCACCUAUGUUUCCUAUCUAGGAGCCGAUUAUGCUGAACCUGACUGGAAUAUGAAAGAUUUGAUUGUCCUGAAUGACAUUACCCAUGCCAUGACCAGGGAUGCUUCAGUUAACUCACAUCCUCUCUCUUCCAAAGAGGAAGAUAUCCAGAGACCAGAUCAGAUCUAUGAACUUUUUGAUACCAUUACAUACAGCAAAGGGGCUGCAGUCCUGAGAAUGCUCUCAGAGUUUAUUACAGAGACGGUCUUUUCCCAAGGACUCCAUACAUAUUUAGAGGAGUUUAGGUAUAACACCACGACCUACAAAGACCUCUGGAAGCACCUGCAAAUGGCAGUUGAUAAAGCGGGCAUAUCAUUGCCACAUUCUGUGGAGGUUCUUAUGAACCGAUGGAUCCUUCAAAUGGGCUUCCCAGUGAUCACCAUCGACACCCAGACGGGAAAUAUUACACAGGAACAAUUUCUGUUGGAUCCACAGUCCGUUGUGGACAGACCUUCGGAGUUCAACUACGAGUGGUUUGUACCCAUUACCUGGAUUAAGAGUGGUGCCUCUGAACAGCAGUACUGGCUUCUUAACAAGGAAGCCACAAACACAGAACUGGUUCUUGGUGCUGCUGAUUGGUUGGUGGCCAACAUAAAUAUGAAGGGUUUCUAUAGAGUCAAUUAUGAUGAAGAAAACUGGGACCGUCUUAUUGCCAAGCUAAGCUCAAACCAUCAGGACAUUCCUGUGAUCAACAGGGCUCAGAUUAUUGAUGAUGCCUUCAAUCUUGCGAUGGCAACAAAAGUAAAUAUAACUCUGGCUCUGAGGACAACUACUUUCCUGAAUAAAGACGUUGAAUUUCUACCCUGGGCGAUGGCCAGCCGCAACUUGUACAACUUUUUUCUUAUGUUUGACCGUAGUGAGGUGUAUGGACCCAUGCAGGCCUAUAUAAGAAAACAGAUCACGCCUCUGUUUCAUUAUUUCAAAGAUCUCACUCUAAACUGGACAAAGAUCCCAGAAAAGCACACAGAUCGAUACAAUCAGCUUAAUACGAUCUCCUUGGCCUGCCGUGCAGGAGUGGAAGGCUGCAGAGAACUGACAUCUGGCUGGUUUAAAGAGUGGAUGAACAACCCUGCUGUUAACAAAAUUAGUGCCCACCUGAAGUCUGUUGUGUAUUGCAAUGCAAUCGCAGCAGGAGGAAUAGCAGAGUGGGACUUUGCAUUGAAAAUGUCUAAAAACGCCACCAUUACCUCAGAGGCAGACAAACUAAGACAUGCUCUGUCCUGCACCAUGGAGCCCUGGCUGUUAAACAGGUAUCUACAGUAUUGCUUGGAUCCAGGGAAAAUCCGGAAGCAGGAUGCUUAUGAAAUUUUUGUUAGCAUUGCCCGUAACCCUAUUGGGCAACCCUUGGUUUGGGACUUUGUAAGAACCAACUGGGACUACUUAAUUAAUCAUGGUCAUCAACUGAUUUACAUUAUAAGUACUGUGACUGAACGAUUCUCCACAAAGUUUGAAUACAAACAGUUGCAGCUGUUCAUAGAAGAGGUGGAAGCACAGUAUGGCCCUGGAGCUUUCGGUCUGGAGCACUUCCUCGAGAGAACCGAGACCAACAUGAACUGGAUGGCUCUGAACAAGAAACCAGUGUCCGACUGGUUGAUCAGUCAAACGUCUGAAAUUUAGCAACGCGAGCCUUUCACUGCAUAGAUACGAAACACACAACUGAUUGUUCUUCAAACCUUUUCUGCCUGAAAGUAAGCAUGUUUCUGAAAUGUGAGGAUAUAGUUUUUGAUCAAAUAGCCAUAUUUUUUGAUGAAGUAGUUUAAUAAAUGUAUUUAAGAAAGAAAUGGCAUGUGCGUUUUAUCAAUAAAAAUACGUUAAGAUA